AUGGAAAAGUUUAAUAAAGAGGAUGCGAAUAAUCAUCUAGUGAAUCUAGAAAGGGCUCUUUUAAAGCAGGGCAAGUAUGUAGACUGUCUGAUCCAACAGAGUAUUUACCACAACGCCCUUUCCAAAGAUCUUGAUAUUGAGAAACCGGAUUCAGACUCAGAAACCUCAUUUGAAAUUGGAAAUUUGGACUGGGACUUUGAAGCAUAUGAAGUAUCUUGACUUAUUAAAAAGCUCAAGAACUUUACUAUAUUAAAUACCAAAGAUUUCGAUUUAGGUUAUAUUGAAGGAAAAGAUAACCUUUCGAACAAAUUUCUCAGCUCUUCAUUUCCUGAUAAAGUGAAUCGUCUCUGGGUGGAAGGAUUAUUUGAGUCAAGCUUGAAUAUUAAUAAUUUUUUCCACAGAAUUAUGAAAAUAAGUGCUAAAGUAUGAAAUGAGGUAAAAUUUUGAGGGUUCUACAUUAGAGGAGAUCAUCUGAGUAGAUUGAUCAUAUCUUUCAGACAUAUCAAAUCAUUUUUAUUUAAAUGCUGAAAGCUCUCUACACCUUCUGUAUUGGAUUAUUCUAAAGCCCUAAGAGGAACUCAGAUUCAAGAGAUAAAUUUUCAUGGAUCUGGAAUGAUUGUCUUAAGUGAUUGGUAUAAUAAACCACUAGAGUUCAAGAACCUCAUUGAGGGAUUAUCAACAUCUCAAGACUUACAAUAUAGUCUCAAGGAAAUAGGUAUAGCUUAUUGUGAAAUCUGAGUGGACACAACUCGUAAACUCUUGGAUCAGAAUGGAUUUGAAAAGGUCCAAUUAAUCCAAAAUUAAU